GUAGCCUAUAAAUACGACUAACUUGUGUUAAAAGUCUUAAAACUGCCAAAGUUUCCUUUUACAUUUUGUGUCAUGUCAUUACACAAUAUACUUUUCGUUGAAUUCAUUUUCGGACCAAGUUCGUCUCCAUCUUCCCAAGUAAUUUUAACGACAAAUUAAUUGAGAUUCAAUUUGUUCUGAUCAAUAGGACGUGACGCAAACUGGGGACAUCAAAAUCAUUCUGUCACCUGUCAAAUGACGUCUUUCCUUUUCAAAAUGGCGGCCUUAAUUUCGCGCGUGCGUUCAAAACCUUUCCGUACGCAUGCGCGAGAUUCCAAUGCCUAGAUUAAAAUCGAUAGUGCAACACAGUCAACAGUCUGUUGGGCUCUCGAUAACCCUUGUUUUUUUGUGAAUUAGAGGGUAUUUUGGAGGGCUUUUUUGGGUGAAUUUGUGAUCAAAAACCGUCAAGGUGUCGGUGUCGAGCAGUGUAUUGCCGGGAGCUAUUACAAUGAAGAUGCUGGCACCGCACGAUGGGCCUGAUAUCUCGCCCGUCGACUCUUCGGGCGAAUGGCACACCGCCACUGUCUGGAUGGUGUUGAUGGGCUGCGUGGGAGUGGUGGUGGUGAUGAUCGCAGCGUUCGCCUGCUGGCUCGCGCGCCGGCGCAACUCGCUCGCGCACAAGCUGGGAGGCAAGCGCGGCCCAGACAAGGCGCUGGUCUUCCAGCCUCCACGGCGCGCCACCGCCGUGCGUUCACCAGGUUCUGCCACGCACUACCUGCGCAAGUCUCCAUCACCAACCGCACCGCAACCACCCACAGCCGGAUCGCCACCUCAGCCUCAACCUCCACCGCUAAACCCUUUUCCUCACCAGGGUUCGGGCCACGUCAGCCCUCAUUCACCGACCGCGCCCACCGAGCCGACUCCGCUCAGCAAGGAAUUGGCUGAUGCCAACGCUACGGAGAAGAUCAAGCCGGUCGAGCCGGAGAACAAUGACGGCAGGCUUGGCGACUUGCACUUCAGGCUCAGAUAUGAAAAUGAGAAGAACGCCCUGGUCGUGUCCGUGGUCUCCUGCCAGGGUCUGCCUGGUCGCGAGCCAGCCGGCCCGGACCCGUACGUCAAGCUACAGCUGCUGCCUGAUAAACAGCACAAGGUUAAGACCAGAGUGGUGCGCAAGACCCGUUGCCCGGUGUAUGAUGAGGAUUUCACCUUCUACGGACUCGCGCCGCACCAGCUCACCGGCAUCACUCUGCACUUCGUCGUCCUUAGCUUUGACAGAUAUUCCCGCGACGAGAUCAUAGGCGAGGUGGUGGCUCCGCUGACCAACCUUCAGCUGCAGAUAGGCGACGCCAUGGCUCUCUGCCGCGAGAUACAGCCGCGCAGUCUGAAGAUGCGCAGCGUGGGUCGCGGCGAGGUGCUGGUGUCGCUGUGCUGGCAGCCGGCCGCCGCGCGCCUCACGGUGGUGCUGCUCAAGGCCCGCAACCUGCCCAAGAUGGACGUCACCGGCCUCGCCGACCCCUACGUGAAAAUGUACCUGCUUUACAACGGCCAGCGCAUCGCGAAGAAGAAGACGCACGUGAAGAAGAGGACAUUGAACCCUGUCUUCAACGAGUCGUUCGUGUUCGAAGUACCGGCCGCCCCCAAUGCCACUCUCGACCAUGUGUCUUUGGAACUCCUUGUGUUGGAUUGGGACCGUGUCACCAAGAACGAGGUGAUAGGCCGGCUGGAGCUGGGGGCGGAGGGCGCGGGCAGCGCGCGGCACCACUGGCGCGAGGUGCAGGCGGCGCCGCGCCGGCAGAUCGCCGACUGGCACAAGCUCAAGGAGUGAGCGCAGCCGCCACACACCACAUCUCCUCAUCAACAGAUAUUAACACCAGAACUUGAUUAAAACCCUCCCAGAUCAAUUCUUCUCCUGCUGCUGCAGAUUACGAACUGGCACAAUCUCAAACUCAUCUCCUCAUCAAGAGAUAUUAACACCAGAACCUGAUUAAAACCUUCCCACAUCAAAACCUAUACUUCUUCUGCGGCAGAUCACAAACUGGCACAAGCUCAAGGAGUACACACAUCUCAUCUCUUUAUCAAUAGAUAUUAACACCUGAACCACACUGAACUAUCCUAAUUAAAACCUAUACUUUCUACUUCUGUCUACGUCUACAACAUUGACACCUGGUUAUGCUACAGCUACAGAUCGCCGACUGGCACAUGAUCAAAGAGUAAGCCCAACACACACCACAUCUCAACAGAUAUUAACACCAGAAUUUUAUUGAACCCUUUCCAAAUCAAAUGCCUACAAUGCUACACUACUUUCUUCCGCCCACAUCGAUAAUAUUGUCAUCUAUUUGGCGCUACAGCGACAGUUUUAUAACUGAUAACUUCUUCUUUUGGCAUUUACACCCGGCCAUGCUAAAGCUGCAGAUCGCCUAACUGGAACAUCUCCUCAUCAACAGAUAUUAACACCAAAACCUGAUUAAAACAUUCCAAAAUCAAAACCUAUACUUUGUUCUUCUGUCUACGUCGAUAACAUUGACACAUGGCCAUAGUAAAAGCUCAAGCAGUGAGCACAGGACACACCACGUCUCAUCACCAGAUAUUAACCACACUACCCAGAUCGAUACCUCUACUUCUGUCCCCGUCGAAGACCCAAAGAAGACACUUACAAGAUCACCACACAGUUGAUCUUCUUCAUCAACAACUAUUAACACCACGACCAUACAAUCCUGAUUAAAACCUCCACUAUCUUUUGUCCCCAUCAUCUACUUCAGCGACUGUUUCAAGAAUUAUCAGGCUUUUUCUGGCCGAGGGUACAAGUGGCGCUGCAGCGGCAGAUCUCCUACUGACCAGCUCAAGAGCGCACAGUUUUAAUCAUCACGACAUUUCCUCAUUGCCCGAUAUCAAUACCAGAACCGUGUGGUUCUCUUUCUCUCUCUCUCUCUGAUCAAUACCUCUACUUUCUUUUCCUGCCCACGUCAAAGACAUCGUUACCUUCUUCAGCGGCUUCCUUACUUAUCAUCAAAUAUUAACACUCCAUUAUGGGGCGUCAUUGACUUUGUUAAAUUUGAUUCAGAUCAUUUUGAACUUAUUAUUCCUAAUAUUUGAACUGCCCCCUAAUUUUAGAAAGAAGCUUAUGAACAAAUAUAUAGUUACACAAGUUUAUUUAUGAUUGUAAUAUUCCAGACAAAUAAAGGCUAUAAUGGGUUAUAUAAGCUGGGUCACCUAAAAAUAUUUUAAUCGCGUUAUUUUGAACACAACGGAUUUUUUUAGGCAUUAGAAUAGCUUCAAGUCCUAUAACAAAAUAUUUGAUUUAUUAGUCUUAAUUGUAAAUUAUUAAGUAACAUUUGGUAUUAGGUAGACAAAUUAUUUGUAUAUUUCAUGUUAUUUACAAAUUAUUCAAUGUAACAAAUUAAAAUGUUUACUUACUUGCCAAAUUUUACGACGAGUAAUUUUACAUUGCUUGGUUUGGUACCAAAACAUACGAGUAGCUGAUAUGAAAACCAAGUAAUGUAUGCUGAAGUUUGUCGAAGUUUGGCGAGCGUGUAAAUGUGGUAUAUCGAUGUAUCCUUUGCCUAAUUCGUAAAACGCACAGGUUCUAUCCAUUUGUGUCCAGAGAUGGGAUUACGCCAGGUAAAAAGGUUUAUGCGGGGUAAAAAACACGGUUUUUAAAUAAUGCCAAACGCUAACGCCUUGGUGUAAAAUCAUUUCUGUUUGUGUCCCCUUAUAAUAAAUAGCUUAGUGGAUGUUUAAACACAAUAAAUCAAGUUAAUGUAGAUGUUUGAUUAUGAGCAUUAAUGACAGCUCGUAUCGAUAUUUUCUAAUUACUCUACAUAUCUACGUGUAAGACAUUUGACGUAAAAUACACAAAAUAUUGCAUGUAAACGUAUUCACUAAUUAGUUGCAUAUUAUUGGGUAAAAAGAACACUCACUUUUCUUCUAUAUUUUCUGUAAUUGUAAAAAGAAAAAUAAAUAUCAACAAUCGCGUAUCACCUUUUACAAGUUACUGCUGUAACUUUUAUGUAUCAAAAUUCGUACAAGACAAUAAAAAAAAUUGCGUGCGUGUUUAUAAGCUAAAGAUUAGUCUACUGCUGGACAAUUUGGUAAUAUUUUGCCCCACUUAUAUAAAAGACAUUUUAACAGGGAAAUCUCAAGCAAAAUAUAUAAAGAUUAUUACAUUAAUAAAACUGAUGAGUAGAAAUUACAAAAAAAAAUACAAAAUAGAUUAAAAUGUAAAUCGUAAAAUAAAAAAAAAAGUCGGUACCUUCGCGUCCUCGUAGCAAACUCGUAGCGACGCGUAGCUACGUCUACGACAUGUUCGUAGCGCAUAAUAUUCAGUUUUUAUAUUUUCGUAGAUCUACCUUGUGAAACAAUAAUGUUAAACCCGUUCAUUUGUAUUUUUCUGCUACGAGGCCAAAAGUAGACCGCCAUAUACCUAUUAUAUACUUAUUUAUUACCUAGUAUAUUUGUAGGUAUUUUAAUCGUACUCAUGUUAAAGAAGACCGCAAAUUCCAUAUUGUUUAAUUAAAGUCGUAUCUCUUAAUUUUUUCGAUAGAGUCAUUUAAAAGGUUUGAGACUAUCGUUUUUCACAAAUUUACGCAAAAGUGUACGAGGGUCAAGAUUUUAUAAGAUUAUCUGUCGGUAAUGGCAAGACAAGAGAAUGUAGAAAAUCCAUGUUUACUUAUUUAUAGUAUGAAACUAUUACGAUGUGGAAACUAUCGAAUACUCAUUCAUUUAAUGUUAGUUCGUAAUUGUAUAGUAUUAGGAUAGAGAAAUAAAUCUAUUUUAUACUAAAAUCGAUAGUGACUUAGGGAUUAUUUUGAAGGGAGCCGCGUACACAUUAGUCUUCGGAAGUUGGAUAGAUUUUUUUUGCCAAAAGUUGUUUUAAUAUUGAUAUUUUUUAUAACUCAAAAAUAAUAACUAAUCAAUCCUUAAAAUAAAUCUUAGAUAAAACUUAAGAUGCGAUGUUUUAUUGAGGAAAUAAAGCUAUACGAAAUACUCUCCAAGGGCAGAUGUUACCUAAUGUGUACGCAGCUUUGAAGCUCAUCUGACGAAGCUUUGAGCUUGUAGUCACCUGCACCUUCCUAGGACGUCAAUGUCAUCAUGAAAGCUUACAAUUGAUCUCAUUUCAGACUGAAUAUUAUAUUGUUUAAUAUAUUUAAUUCCUCUUAAUCACAAAGAUAGUUUUCUUUUUCUAUUGUAAUUAAAUGUGUUUAAAUAUAUAACAUCGUAACAAAACACUAAAAAUUCGGUUUCACUGUUUUAUUUUUAUGCAAUAAAGCUUCUUCUCUUCACCGGAGUCGAUUUUAAUUUUUUUUUUAAAUCAAUUGUCAAAUAUUUGUCAGUUUACAUAGGGUAAAUUUCGUUCAAGAAAAUUUUUUUUAUUACUUUUUUUUAGUGUUAAUUAAUUACAAACUUGCUUUAAGGAUAUUAAAGUAUAUAUUUUUCACAUUUGUGACUGUGCUAUCAUGUUCAUAGAUCAACGAUCACGUAGAUUAAGCAAAUUAUUACUUUAAAUCUCCAUACUCGAACAUUCCAUUGUAUUUAAAUGUAAAUAUUCAUGGCUUCUCGUCUUAAUUGUUAUAAUAUAAGUAAUAUUCUAGAAGUGUCACUUUGUCUUCGUUUUUUUUUUUUCAACCGACUUCCAAAAUGGAGGAGGUUUUACUCUAUGUUUUUGUAUUUGAUCGGUGUAUAUGAGUGUUUUAGGACAUCUAGCCACUUAUUAUAAUCUAUAAUAUCGAAAGAAAUUGUUUUUGAUGUUAUAUGGACAGGUACGUGCUUAAAAAAUGGGAAGAAAACUAAACUAAAUAGGUCGAAGUGUGCGAUUGGUCUUUAUUCAUUUGAAGCUUUUAUGAAUGAUUGAUUAUCAUUAAGUUUGUAUAGCAGCGACCCUAGCUAUAUUUGCACACCGUUAUAUGGUAAAACAAGCUCAUUCUGAGCGUGUUGCAAUUUUUGUGUUGGAAAUAAAACAAAAAUAUGUGAAAAGUAUGUAUUCAAAUUUUCUGUAUAAAUUAUUUACAAUAGAUUUUAAUACCCACGUUCGAUUGAACUCUAAUGACUUAAAAUUACUAGAUUUUUGACUACAAGUGAAAGAUAAAAGAAUAUUUGACCCGAUGAACAAAACUAGCAAUUACUUCUCCAUACACACAUUUCGCGGCAAACCAUCGUAUGCACAAAACUUGUACAAAUAAUUAAACUAAAUGGUUACACUGUCUUCAUCAUACAUGUUCUCUUAGUAUCUGCUUAGCCUCAUAGUAAACAGGUGUGAUAAUAUGUAUGUCUCCAUAUAACGAAAAAACAAUUUCAACCGAACUAGUAGAUGAAGACACAAUCACAAUCAAAUUGUAUACACAGUAAGGGAAUCUUAGUGAAUAAAUUAUUGACUGGUGCUUUCACAUAA